CUGAGGUCAUUCUUCCGCGACCGAGCGAGACCGGCGGUUCCGUGCGGCGACCGGCGUCUCUCCGGCGGGAAACCCGAGAGUGGCAGCUCCGCGCCUGCAGUUUCUGGUGUGAGAGGGAAAGGGAAGGCGGCGAGAUGACCGACCGCUACACCAUCCACAGCCAGCUGGAGCACCUGCAGUCCAAGUACAUCGGCACGGGCCACGCCGACACCACCAAGUGGGAAUGGCUGGUGAACCAGCACCGCGACUCCUACUGCUCCUACAUGGGCCACUUCGACCUUCUCAACUACUUCGCCAUCGCCGAGAACGAGAGCAAGGCCCGAGUCCGCUUCAACUUGAUGGAGAAGAUGCUGCAGCCCUGCGGGCCGCCGGCCGACAAGCCGGAGGAGAACUGAGGCCUCGGCCUGGCCGCCGCCGGACGCCCGCCUCCCUCCCCGCCUUCUGCCUUCCGCCUCCGCUGCCGUCCCUGCCUCGUCCUGCUUCCCGCGGACCGAUUCUCCUGUCUACCUGCUCCUGGGGACCCCGGAACUCGACAUUGAGAGGCGUCGGCAUCCCUGAGAGCGGCGUGCGUGGAGACCUCGCCCCGACCGCAAAGACUUAGGGAAGAUGGCACUGGAGUGAGGGACUUGGAAACUUCGUUUUGGGUUACUCAGUUAUCGUUGUUGUUUCGUACAUAAAAGUCUAGAAUUUCUCCAGUC